AUGGCAAAUUCUGGCUGUUUAUCACCAAGUGAAUUUUUAUCAAAAGUUCCGGAAUUUUUCAAGACUGCAAAUGAGAAACAUAUAACUGUGCGUCUAACGGCCAAAAGACUCAUAGAACACGAUCCUGUGGAAGGAAAUCUUGAAUUUGAUACUACCAAUCAUCCUGACUAUGAUGUAUCUAAAAAAGCUUCUGAAGUCACGGUUGCCCCGAGAUCUGACAGGGAAUACCCAUUACUAAUCAGAAUGUCUUACGGCUCGCGCGAUAAGAAAGCAAAAUGCUCAACGGUGGUGAAGGCAAGCGAGUUAGACCAAUUUUGGCAAGAAUAUUCAUCUGUAUUCAAGGGAGGUAUGCAAAAUCUGAUCAAGAAGAAGAAAAAGAAGAGCAAGAAUGGUACCAGUGGUAAGACAAGUAAGAAAAACAAAGUAACAAAGAAAAAUUGA